AUGAUCACCAGGGUUCUGGAAGUAGAUAAUCGUACUACGACAACGCAUUUUAUUCUUCUGGGAUUUCCAACACGACCGUCCUUCCAGCUUCUCCUCUUCUCCGUUUUCCUGGCAACCUACCUGCUGACACUCCUAGAGAAUUUUCUUAUUAUCCUUGCCAUUCGCACUGAUGGGCAGCUGCACAAACCCAUGUACUUCUUUCUGAGUCACCUCUCUUUCCUGGAGAUGUGGUAUGUCACAGUCAUCAGCCCCAAGAUGCUAGUGGACUUCCUUACCUAUGACAAGAGUAUUUCUUUCAACGGCUGCAUGACUCAACUUUACUUCUUUGUGACCUUUGUCUGCACCGAGUACAUACUCCUUGCUGUCAUGGCCUUUGACCGUUAUGUAGCCAUUUGUAAUCCACUCCGUUACCCAGUCAUUAUGACUAACCAGCUUUGUGGUGUCUUGGCUGGGGGUUGCUGGCUCUGUGGGCUCGUGACAGCCAUGAUUAAGAUGGUUUUCAUAGCCCGACUCUACUAUUGUGGCACGCCCCACAUCAAUCACUACUUUUGUGAUAUCUCUCCACUCCUCAAUGUCUCCUGUGAAGAUUCCUCACAGGCUGAAAUGGUGGACUUCUUCUUGGCCCUUAUGGUCAUUGCUGUUCCCCUUUGUGUAGUGGUGGCAUCUUAUGCCACCAUCCUCACAACCAUCUUUAGGAUCCCUUCUGCUCAGGGCCGUAAAAAGGCAUUCUCCACCUGCGCCUCUCACCUGACAGUUGUAAUUCUCUUCUACUCCACAACCCUUUUCACCUAUGCUCGCCCCAAGCUCAUGUAUGCCUACAAUUCUAACAAAGUGGUAUCUGUUCUCUACACUGUCAUUGUUCCUCUCCUCAACCCCAUCAUUUACUGUCUAAGGAAUCGUGAGGUUAGGAAAGGGCUUUGUUGUUGUUUUAUUCUAUAA